GCGCCGCUUCCUGUUGUCAGUGCCUCUGGAGCCGCAGCUUUUGCUCCAAACUGAGGGCGUCUCGCUUCGUCCGGAGCGCCGUCGCCUGCUCCUGCUCCCUUUGGUGUCAUGUGAGUCUCCUUGAGAGCUGCUGCCCGAGUGGAAAUGCUCUCGGUGGAGAAUGGCCUGGACCCUCGGGCUGCCAUCCAGGUCAUCAAGAAGAAGCUAGUGGGGUCUGUGAAGGCUCUGCAGAAACAGCAUGUGUCUCUGGACACAGUGGUCACCAGUGAAGAUGGAGAUGCCAACACCAUGUGCAGUGCCCUGGAGGCCGUGUUCAUCCACGGCCUGCAUGCCAAGCACAUCCGUGCUGAGGCUGUCGGCAAAAGGAAGAAGCACACUCACCAGAAGCCUCUGCCUCAGCCUGUCUUCUGGCCCCUUCUGAAAGCCGUCACCCACAAACACAUUAUCUCAGAUUUGGAGCACCUGGUCUUCAUCAACACAGAUGUGGGCCGUUGCCGGGCCUGGCUGCGGUUGGCCCUCAAUGAUGGUCUGAUGGAGUGCUAUCUGAAGCUGCUCCUGCAGGACCCCGCACGGUUGUGCGAGUACUAUCAGCCCACAGCCCUGCUGCGAGAUGCUGAGGAGGCCGAGUUCCUCCUGAGCUUCCUGCAAGGACUAACAUCCUUGUCCUUUGAACUCUCCUACAAGUCAGCCAUCUUAAAUGAAUGGACACUCACCCCAUUGUCUCUCUCUGGGCUUUGCCCUCUCUCUGAGCUCGACCCUCUCACUACCUCUGGUGCAGAACUACAACGGAAAGAGUCUCUGGAUUCAAUUUCCCACUCCUCAGGCUCUGAGGACAUUGAAGUCCAACACUCGGGCCAUAAGAUCCGCAGGAACAGGAAGCUCACUGCCUCCUCCCUCAGCCUGGACACAGCCAGUUCAUCCCAGCUGUCUUGCAGCCUGAAUUCUGACAGCUGCCUGCUCCAUGAGAAUGGUCCCAAGAGUCCAGACCAUUCUGAGGAACCUAUGUCCUACGACUCAGAUCUGGGCACAGCAAAUGCCGACGACUCCGACAGGUCUCUGCAAGAGGUGUUGUCAGAAUUCAGCAAAGCCCAGGUAAAUUCUGCACCAAGCAGUGGACCCAGCCAAGAGCCAGACACCCCCAUGUUCCAGUCCCCCCUCUCCCUCCACAGCCUAGUUACCAGCACACACCUGCACUUUGAGGGAUCUGAAGAGCUCUUUCCUGCCCACACAUCCUCUGGGACAUCAAGUGGCAGCCACGAGCAUCAGCUACUGCCUCAGGAGACCCCGGACGUGCAGCAGUUAGGCAUUGCCCAAGCUGUCCCUGCACAGAGCACUUCAGACCAGCAGCCUUCUAGUCCCUUGGGCGGAGCAGGUGGUCAAGGGAGUGGCCCUUGGAAGGCCCUGGAGUAUGGCAGAGUUGGACCGAAGCUUGCAGUUUCCUCUCCUACAAGUCCGAAAGGCAGGAGCUGGAUUUCUGAAGAAGACUUCUGCCGACCUGCCCAAGAGCAUACUCUGAACAGUGCUUCAGAUCUCUGCACAUCUCCUCUGCAAGGGACUCCAGAGUCAAGGACUGCUCUCCACGGGCCUUUUUCUCAAGGACCAAGAAAGAGCUGUUCUCUGGGCGCAUUAGACAAGGCAUGUGUGUCCUCACUGGGCUACAGGAAUACCCAGCCAGCUCCAGCUCCAGUGGUGACACAAGACCAUAAAAACUUCUGUGUGGUACACAGAAGGCAGAUGGGGCUCUCCAACCCAUUCCGGGGCCUCAUGAAGCUGGGCACAGUAGCCCGGCGGGGAGCCGUGGGCAUCUGGAAGGAAUUCUUCUGUGAGCUGUCCCCGUUGGAGCUCCGCCUCUACCUGAGUGAUGAGGAGCGCACCUGUGUGGAGAGCUGUUCCCUGCUACGAUGUGAGGCUGUGGGGCCAGCACACAGCGAUGGACGUUUUGAGUUGGUCUUCUCGGGCAAGAAGUUGGCUCUCCGUGCCUCCUCCCAGGACGAAGCUGAGGACUGGCUUGACCGUGUGCGGGAGGCUCUGCAGAAGGUGCGCCCUCAGCAGGAAGAUGAGUGGGUGAAUAUCCAGUACCCAGACCAGUCUGAGGAUGCCCCAGAGGCUCCACCAGACAGCCUUCCCCCCUGUUCAUCCCUACUCUCAGAGCCUGCAGGUGCCCAGGGCAUACAGUUAGACUGGACAUCUGCCCAGGUUCCAGAGCCAGAUGCUAUCAAAGAGUCCCUUUUGUACCUGUAUGCAGACCGGACCUGGGUCCCCUAUAUCUUUUCCCUGUCCUUGGAGUCUCUGAAAUGUUUCCGUGUGAGGAACAACGAGAAGAUGCUUAGUGAUAGCCAUGGAGUGGAGACCAUCCGAGACAUCCUGCCAGACACCAGCCUUGGGGGCCCAGCCUUCUUCAAAAUCAUCACAGCCAAGGCCAUCCUGAAACUGCAGGCCAAGAACGCUGAGGAAGCUGCCCACUGGAGAGACCUGGUCCGGAAAGUGCUGGCAUCUUACUUAGAGUCAGCUGAGGAGGCUGUGACACUUGGUGGGAGUCUGGAUGAAAAUUGUCAGGAGGUGCUGAAGUUUGCCACCAGGGAAAACGGCUUCCUGCUACAGUACCUUGUGGCCAUCCCCACCGAGAAGGGCCUCGACUCCCAGGGCUGCUUCUGUGCAGGCUGCUCCCGGCAGAUCGGCUUCUCCUUUGUACGACCCAAGCUCUGUGCCUUCUCUGGCCUAUAUUACUGUGACUUCUGCCACCAAGACGAUGCCUCAGUGAUUCCAGCCAGAAUCAUCCACAACUGGGACCUCACGAAGCGCCCGGUCUGCCGGCAGGCCCUGAAGUUCCUGGCCCAGAUCCGGGCCCAGCCCCUCAUCAACCUGCAGCUGGUGAACGCCUCUCUGUAUGAGCACGUAGAACGCAUGCACCUCAUUGGCAGGAGCCGGGAGCAGCUGAAACUCCUGGGGGACUACCUGGGCCUGUGCCGAAGUGGGGCUCUGAAGGAGCUGAGCAAGAGGCUAAGCCACAGGAAUUAUCUCUUGGAGUCUCCUCACAAAUUCAGUGUUGCUGACCUCCAGCAGAUUGCAGAGGGGGUGUAUGAAGGAUUCCUCAAAGCCCUGAUUGACUUCGCCUCUCAGCAUGUCUACAACUGUGACCUGUGCACCCAGCGAGGCUUUAUCUGCCAGAUCUGCCGCCACCAGGACAUCAUCUUUCCCUUUGAGUUUGACACCACAGUCAGGUGUGCUGAAUGCAGAACUGUCUUCCACCAGAGCUGCCAGGCUGUGGUGAGGAAGGGCUGUCCCCGCUGUGCCCGCCGUCGCAAGUACCAGGAACAGAACCCUGUCAGUUAACGCUGCUGUCCUGACCUUCGAGGCCAUCCAGCUGGGUUUGUCAUCAGCCUAGGCUUCUUCCCCCGUAAGGAAGACUUGGGUGUGCUCAGCUCCAGCCUACAGAGAAGGUGCAGGAAGUCCCAGUGAUGCCCGAGGCCCCUCACAACCCUUCUGCUCCAAGAGGAGUCCCAAUAGGUGCCUCUGCACAGGGCCUGGCUUACCUAGCUGUCACGGCACCUCCAUUAGGGCUGUUCAUACAUACACUGUGGAAACGAAGCUUGGUGAGCAUUUUCAAACCAUGCUCCUGAUUAAAAGGUCUAGUUUUUUAAGGCAGGUUUUCCCCCCUUCAUAUUUAAACAGAAAAUAUUUUUUUAUUCUUGACCUACCUAAGUCACCCAAGAAA